AUGGUUUAUGAUCCGCUAGGGUUGAUCGGAAACUUUCUGAUGUAUCUAAAAACCCUACUCCAGGAAAUAUGGCGUUCAGCUCAAUCGCCGUCCCAGCUGAAAUCGUCAUCACCAACCACCACCGUCACCUUCCAGCCGUACCGCGCCCACAAGCACACCACCCUCAUCGAGCGUCGCAAUCAGCGGGAGCGGGUUCGUGUGCGUGCCGUGAACGAAGCCUUCGCUAGACUCCGCCAGAUGGUGCCAGCGACACGAUCUUCGGCCAAGCGCGUUUCGAAAGUGAAAACCCUCAAGCGGGCCGUCGAGUAUAUUGCCGAGCUCAGCCGGCGCCUGGCCACUUUCGAGAGCAUCCUCAUCGAUUCUGCUGGCGGCGGGAUCAAAUCUCGAUCCCCAACCCGUAGAUGGAAGACGCUGCCGGUUAAUUACGAACCGUUUCAGCUCGAGUAAUUGCGGUUUAAAAUAUUGGUAAAUUAUAGAUGUUUAGUGCAGUGGAGUACGGGGGGAGGUAGAUUCGAGGAAAUGCUAGGAGGUGGAUCAGAAAAAAAGUUUCUCUCGUUCUGCUUGCCUCCCUUUUAAUUUUAAGCUCAAAUUUGUUCUAGUCAUUUUUUUUCUUUGUUUCUUUCACCGUGAUUCUGUUCUAUACGCUUCC